AUGGUCUGGCUUAUGGUGGUCGUACUGGGUGCCCUCAGCUUGACAUCAGCUCGUCAUUCGCAUCGCGGUCGUGCAGACGCCGUGCUUGCUGCGCCGAGCAUCAAAGUGACAGACAAACAAGUCACGCUUACGUCGUCUCGAUACGGCACGAGAGUCGUGGUUGACCUGCUGGGCGCGAACGUACGAGAAUGGACUAGCGACAUCACACAAGCAACUGCAAGCAACCAUCUGUUCAACGCCAAAGUAGCGAGGCCUCACACCCCCGCGCGUGGCGGAAUCCCCAUUUGCUUCCCUGCCUGGAGUCACGACAUCACAAUCGAUGAUGAGCAAUACACAAAGAAGUAUACUUCUCAUGGGCCGGCCUUCAACAUGACAUGGAAGUAUGUGCCGGAUGCAGUGCCAACUGAUUCGCUCGCUUUCGAACUGGAGAGCAACGAGUACAGCAGAAUCAUGUACACGCCAGACUUCAAGCUGCGAUACACCGUCAAUGUCACUUCUCCAAACACGAUCAACCUGACCUUGACCGCUACCAAUCCUGCACGGGAUCCCCAAGCUCCUGCUCUGCAUAUCACGCCCGCUCUUCAUGCAUACGUAGCAGUGGACAACGCAACGGAUGCCGUCGUUUCUGGCGUGGAAGGUUUGCAUUAUCUUGAUCAGACGGCGAACAACGUCGAACGUGUUCAGAAAGGAGCACUGACCUUCCCCGAUGGGCUUCCGGUCAACAACAUCUACAAAUAUGUCUCUACGCCCAAGUCCGCAUCGCUGCGUCAAGGCGCAACAGCUAUCGAUGUCUCGGCACCCGGAUUGGCCAAUUUCCUCGUCUGGCAACCAGGCAGAGACGCACGAAUUGAAGACUUUGGUCAUGAUACUUGGAACCGAUUCGUCGCGCUCGAGCCCGGCACGGUCUUUGAGACUAUUCGAGUCGCGCCGGGAGGCAGCUGGUCUGGCUCCGCUCAGUACUCAAGUCAUGUCAGACCCUAA